CCAAAAAGUACGUUGGGGAAUAAUUUUGCGGUUACAACAACAACUACAACAACAAAAAACUUUAUAAUCUAUAAUUGGGGUUGCAUGUACUGACCAGGACUCGAACCUUGGCCUUAAAAAUUUUCAACGAAAAAAAUAUCAUAAAAAUUAAAGAAAAUUCCAAAACUACUAAUAAAAUGGUUUAACUUACCAAUACGUACAUACAUACAUAUAUAUUAUAUUAUAAUGGAUGAGGGCAUAAGUUCGUGCCCGAUUCCGCUGGAUGCCGUUCGAAUCGUUUGAGAGUGGCGCUCGUGAAAGAAAUAAUUAUAUCAACCUGACGAGCCGCAUUCAGUCUUAGCAACCAGCCGUGCAUACCCGCGUAAACACAUACAUACACGUACUUAUGUACGUGCAUUGCUAUAGAGCCAGUCGAUUGUUUAGUCCAUAUUCCUAUCUAUAUGCACAUAUGCACAUAUAUUCUUAUUCGUAUUGUUUAUCGGUGCAAAAUACUUGUAAAGAGAAGUAGCACAAAAGGCAAAGCAAAAAAGUGGCAUACAAAUCGUUAAAAAAAAACAACAAAAAUAUAAAAAAUUUCUGAAACUAAACGACAUAUUUUUGUGCUCUAUUUUUUUCUGAUAAAAUAUUAAGAAAUUCGUAAAGAAAUAAAUUUUACUCCACUGCGUUUAUUUUAUAUUGAUUUUUACAAAGAAAUAUAUACUCGUAUAAAUAUUUAAUUUUCCGCGCUUCCCGAAAACCGAAAAAAAGAAUUUAAUCAAAAACAAGAUGUUGCGUAUACCAGGAAUGCCAUUUCUGCCGGGCACAACCUUUCGGGAUCUGUCGCGCACGAACUUUCCCAAGCCACAGAGUCUUAUGAACUUCCAUGGCAUCAGUAUGCUGAAUGAUCGCCAACCGCCCGCAAUGGUGGAUGUCGGUGGUAUGUGUAUUGACAUCAAUUGCCCACCCACGGCCACGCCCUCACUCUACCCGCCAAAGACCGGUCCUAAACUUCCACCAUGGAUUGCUUACGACAAGAAAGUACUCGGUUUCGAUGCCUUCUUCAAAGAAACCCUACAUGAAGUAUACAACGCACCCUAUCAAGUGCGUAAGGUUAAGAUUAUGUACUACCUAGAAGAUGGCACCAUGCAAAUUAUCGAACCUAAAGUGGAUAACUCUGGCAUACCACAAGGUUGUUUGGUGCAUCGUCAACGUAUACCGAAACCGCCACCGUGCCAAAAUGAGUUCAUCUCGAUUUUGGAUUUGAACGUCGACACGAGCAUACAAAUAUUCGAUCGAAUUUAUCAUAUAACGAAUUGUGAUCUUUUCACGCGUCAUUUCCUAAAUCGCUCGGGUAUUGCUGUACCAGAUCCAGUUGAUAUGCCACUUGAUCCCACGACGGAAAUGAGAAAACGUUCAGGAAAGAAGACGUUCAAUCAACCACCGAAAAAACAUCCCUUUGCUCAGUUUUUAGCCUACGAUCGGAAGGUGUUGAAAUUCCAUGGCUAUUGGGAUGAUCGUUCGGAAUUCGGCGACGUGCGUAGAUUGGAAAUAUGUUACUACUUGGCUGAUGACACAAUAGAUAUAAAGGAAAUUUUCCCACGCAACUCUGGACGUGAAGGUCCAGCGCUAUUCCUGAAGAGGAGUAAACUACCGAGGGAAUUUUCUGGACUUCCACUACCUGGACAAGAGACACCGCAAACCCUGUUGAACGUGCUGGGAACGAGCAUGCGAAAUGUGCGCUACACCAUCGAUCCGCUGAAUAUCGGCGAGAAGGAGGUGCUUUACUAUGCCGAUCGAGAUCUACAAAUCGGCACAGUGCUAAAUGUUUAUGGACGUGCCGUUGUGCUUACCGAUUGUGAUGAUUACACGCAGGAGUAUUACAGAAAAAGGUAUGGUAUUGAGGACUUUACGCCUGCGCCGAUACCAUCGCGCAGUGACGACUGUGCACCAAUCAAGCAGAAGGAGCGCAUACUGCCACCGUACAAUGGUUGGGGAUCUUAUGAGGACUCAGAAGGCAAUUGCAUAUCCGUCGAGCCCAAACCGCCACAGACAGACUUUAAGAAAUUCAUCAAACUCGACCGUUACGUGUUGCGCUAUGGUGCUAAGCUUUUGUCAACGAUACGCGAAAACUGUGAACGGAUUUUCAUCAUUUCGUAUUACCUAUCUGACGAUACAAUACAAAUAUUUGAAAUUGCUGAACGCAAUUCUGGCUUCUUGGGUGGCGAAUUCAUGAAACGUACACGCAUACCACUGCCGGGUCAGGAGAAGUUUACCUCAAAGCGACCUCAAUACUAUCAACCGUACAACUUUUAUAUUGGUGCCACAAUGAGUUUGAAGGAUCACAUCUUUCACGUUGUCUCGGCAGAUGAGUACACACUCAUUUACAUGGAGCACCAUCCAUAUGAAUUUCCAAUGGCCGAUAUCAAGACCAUUAUGCAGAAGAUACGUGAUGCAGCGAAGGCCGACUACAAGGGCUUUCUUUGUCGUUGUCUACCGGAAGGCGCGGAAUCAAUUAAAGAUGUUCAAUUUGUUGGUUUCGAUUCGCUUAAACGUGCACUUAUCAAUAUUUUAGGCGACGAGAUCACCAAUCAUGAAAUCAUUACAGUUUGUCGUUACUUCUCAGCGGAGAAAGCGCCACCACAGGCCUGCAACCGGGAAACGGUGCGCGCAGCCGUACAUUUGGAGCUGAAACGUUCGUUAUGGAAUGCUAUGGACGAACUGAAGGAACAUUUGCAUCACAUCAAUCCACUCAAUAAGCCGUUCUUGUCCGAGUCGAAACUACGUUCAACAAUGAAAGGUUGUCGCCUGCCCUUCGUACCGGAGUUGAUUGAUGAUUUGCUUAGUGUUUUGAAUCAUAAUGAUUGUGGCGAGGUUGAGGUAUGCGAUUUCCUCAACUUCAUCGAUAUGGGUUGCGGCAAAGUACCGGACAUAGCGCCAAUGAAUAUCAAUUUUGAACUAUGCCCCAAAAUACCAUUCCUCCAUAAGGGACGUUUAGUGAAUAUUAACUGCUUCUUGCAGUAUUUGGGCUUGGAUGAAGAGGCAAAACCGAAAGAGGAACUGGCGGGUUAGUGCCACCAAAAUUAGACGCAGAGUUAUUCAUAUAAGAAUAAAAAAAAAAUUUUGUCAAUGCGUUUUUAUUUUAAACUUACACUCAAAACAACAAAUACAAGUAAAUUCUUCUUUGUAAAUGGUUGCAUCGAAAAUACAAUACCGGACCCUGUUUCAAAAAUA